AUGAAGAAGUCUCAACUUAGUUCUUCAGUUUUGCUCAUGGUUCUAAGUUUCUUGUUUUGUGUUUCAUGGGCAACGUCCUUAUCAUCCUCAAGUUCUGGCGAUCUAAUAAGCUGCCUACUGUCCAAAUCCAAGAAUGUGACUACCAUCUCUCAACUCAUUUUCACCCCUGUCAAUGCUUCCUUCCUACCCAUUUGGCAAGUGGCAGUUCAAAACACCAGGUUCCUUAAGCCCUCCACACGUAGACCAUCAGUCAUCGUGACACCUAUGGAGGAAACCCUUAUACAAACAUGUGUAUACUGCGCCAAGAAACACGGCUACGAGAUCAGGAUCAGGAGUGGGGGCCAUGACUACGAGGGCCUCUCAUACACUGCUGAUGUUCCCUUUGUUAUGCUUGAUUUCACCAACAUGAGGUCUAUAGACGUGGACGUAGCAAAAAGGACUGCUUGGGUCCAAGCAGGCGCUACGCUUGGUGAACUCUACUACAAAAUUUCGCGAGAGACCGAUACCUUGUAUUUCCCGGCAGGUGUUUGCCCAACGGUGGGUGUUGGUGGUUACAUGGGCGGUGGUGGCUACGGAAACCUGUUGAGGAAAUACGGUACUGCUGCCGAUAAUGUUCUGGAUGCUCGCUUCAUGGAUGUUGAUGGGAAUAUUCUCGACAGGAAAUCAAUGGGAGAAGAUUUGUUUUGGGCGAUCCGAGGAGGUGGUUCUUCAAGUUUCGGAAUUGUUCUUGCAUGGAAGCUGAGCUUGGUUCCAGUUCCAAAAAAAGUAACCGUCUUUAUACUGAAUAAAACUUUGGAACAAGGGGCAACCGAAAUCUUCCAUAAAUAUCAAUACGUUGCACCAAAUAUCGAUAGAAAUUUGCACAUAAGAACUCAAGUUUUUGCCGAAUAUAUCGGCAACACCCCAAGAAAACCAUAA